AUGGCGCCAGAUGAGUACUCCACUGGCGGGGGUGGGAAGUUGAAACUGAAGGGGAGUAAAGUUAGUGAUGGGCGAGUGGAUAAAAAGAAAAAGAAGAGCAAGAAGAAUAAGGACAAGGGGGCUGAUUCAGCUGCAACUGCAACUGAAAAUGCGGAUACGAGUGCAAAUGCAAACGCCAGUGCGGCUGAUGCGAAACGCGAGCUGAAUGAGGAUGCGGAGAGGGAGUUAUCGGCUGAGUUUGAGGGGACACCUGAGGGGGAGAAGUCUGCUGGAAAGACGGAGACGGAGAGGAAGUAUGAAGAGGUGCGGAGGAAGAGGUUGCAUGAACGUCUUCAACGAGAUGGAAUCAAGACGCAUAAGGAGCGUGUGGAGGAACUGAAUAAGUAUCUUAGUCGGUUGAGUGAGCAUCAUGAUAUGCCGAAGAUUGGACCUGGUUAA